AACCUGGACGAGCUUCCUCCCCGCAGCCCCGCCGGUGUCUCCGCUGCCUCUGUCCGAGGUCCUGAACCUCAUCCCGGGGUGGAUUUAGUGGAUUGUUGGUGCUUCACGGUGGCGCUGCUGCUGGAGGAGUGAGAGCGGACACAGGCAUGAAUCCAUGGUCGCUGAGGUCAUGAGCAUCCCGCGGCUCCGUACCGGCGACUCCGGGAUCUAAAACACACACAUACACACACACACACACACACACACACACACACGCACACACACACACACACGCACUCACACACACACACACACACACACACACACACACACACUGGAAGCGGAACAUUUUCAACUCACCUUGGAGGUCAUAAACCGCUACCACAAACCCCCCUCCCCUCUCCUCUUCUUCCUCCUCCUCUUCCUCCACUAAAGGAUUUUUUGUCAUCCUCUGGAGAGUGUGACCCCCCCUUCAGCAACAUCAUCACCCCCCCCCCCCCUUCCAAACAACAUGAGACUGGCCAAAAUGUGCCGACUGAAUGCGCUGGGGAUCUAUCUGUGGGAAACCGUGGUGUUCUUCAGCCUGGCAGCGUCCAAAGAAGCAGCGGCGAGGAAAGCAGCCUCUCCCAUGCCGCCCUCCGAGUUCCUGGACAAACUCAUGGGCAAAGUUUCGGGUUACGACGCCAGAAUCCGACCGAACUUUAAAGACCCCAAAGGCUCCAAAAAUGAAGCUACUCACAAGAAAGGUCCGCCCGUCAACGUAACCUGCAACAUUUUUAUCAACAGUUUUGGGUCCAUCGCUGAGACAACAAUGGACUACAGAGUGAACAUCUUCUUGCGACAGCAGUGGAACGACCCUCGGCUGGCCUACAGCGAGUACCCUGACGACUCGCUGGACCUGGACCCCUCCAUGUUGGACUCCAUCUGGAAGCCUGACUUGUUCUUCGCCAACGAGAAGGGGGCCAACUUCCACGAGGUCACCACCGACAACAAGCUGCUGCGCAUCUCUAAAAACGGCAACGUGCUGUACAGCAUACGUAUAACGCUGGUCCUGGCCUGUCCCAUGGAUCUGAAGAACUUCCCGAUGGACGUCCAGACGUGCAUCAUGCAGCUGGAGAGCUUCGGCUACACCAUGAACGACCUCAUAUUCGAGUGGGACGAGAAGGGAGCCGUGCAGGUGGCCGACGGCCUGACGCUACCUCAGUUCAUACUCAAAGAGGAGAAGGACCUGCGCUACUGCACCAAGCACUACAACACAGGUAAGUUCACCUGUAUCGAAGCUCGUUUCCACCUGGAGCGUCAGAUGGGCUACUACCUGAUCCAGAUGUACAUCCCGUCGCUGCUCAUUGUCAUCCUGUCCUGGGUUUCCUUCUGGAUCAACAUGGACGCCGCGCCCGCCCGGGUGGGUCUGGGCAUCACCACCGUGCUGACCAUGACCACACAGAGCUCUGGCUCCAGAGCCUCCCUGCCCAAGGUGUCCUACGUAAAAGCCAUCGAUAUCUGGAUGGCCGUAUGUCUGCUGUUUGUGUUCUCGGCCCUGCUGGAGUACGCUGCCGUCAACUUCAUCGCCCGCCAACACAAGGAGCUGCUGCGCUUCAGACGGAGGCGACGACACAUGAAGGAGGAUGAGACAGGCGAGGGGCGCUUCAGCUUCCCCGGCUACGGCAUGGGCCCCGCCUGCCUGCAGGCCAAAGACGGCAUGGCCAUCAAGGGCAACAACAACAACGCCCCGACCUCGGCCGCGCCCGAGAAGAGCAUCGAGGAGAUGAAGAAGCUGUUCAUUGGCCGGGCCAAACGCAUCGACACGGUGUCCCGCGUGGCCUUCCCGCUCGUCUUCCUCAUUUUUAACAUUUUCUACUGGAUCAUUUACAAGAUCAUCCGCAGCGAGGACAUCCACAAGCAGUAGUCGAGAGGCGGAGGAGGAGGAGGAGGAGGAGGAGGGCGAGAACAGUGCGAAGAGGAGAGAAACAAAACACAGAAGGAAACAGAGAGAGAUGACUUCAAUAGCAGAUGCCAUUGCCCCCUUUUUUCACACCAACCACGCCUCCUUUCCUCGUCCUCUUCCUUCAUCCUCUUCCUCUUUGGGUAGAGGUUAAGUUGCUUUUUGUGGCAGUCGCCCCCCUCCGCCCUCCCUGACACCUCUUUGAGAUAUUUAUUGCUUUCUGUUCCCUUUAUCCUCCUCUCCUCUCUCCUGCCCCAAAUCCCAACUCAUUCCGGCUUCUUCCACCUCCUGAAUAACCCGGACCAGUGCAAUAGCAAUGCAGUAAAAUGCAUGAUAUAUGAAUGUGGCAAUAUAUUAAUGAAAAGAUGACAAAGUAAACACAGACCUUUGCAGGCACGCCCAACAGACUGUGUGGGAGUGGACGGACUGGAAGGACAGAAGACGACAGAGUCUUGUAUUUGAUUUUAGGGUUUUCUUUCUUUGUGUGGAGACAGAUGUUUGCUGUCGGGACGGGGUGGGGGACGUGUGAGCGGCAUACAGCAGUGUAAUAUACUCAUAUAUCUAUCAUAGAGCGAGAAAAAAGAACUUUAUUUGUAGAGGAAACACAGGCGUCUGGAAACAAGGGAUUUUUCACCCCAAAAUAAGGAAGGAAGGAAGGAAGGAAGGAGGUAAGGAAGGAAGGCGGAUCGGUGCUUCCAUUCAAUACAGCAAUGCAAGGAUCAUGCAUUCUAUAUAUCUAGAUUUGCUUCAAACGUGUAUUGCAGGCACUCCUCAACGCUUUUCCUCCCCGCCCCCGCUGCCAACACCACGAAACCUUGAACUGCAGAGACACUCGAGGUUCGCUGCUGCCGCUGUCAAUCAUAUGACUGGACGAAAAAACAAAAAAAUAAAAUACAGAAACACUGGAUGAGCAGUGCUGAAGAUUUUCUGAGACAAAUAUCUCAUUUAUCUGUGUCAACGUGUUCCUCUUCCUGUCCUUCGUUAGUUUCAUGUUGCAUCUGUUGGUUCUUCGUUUGUUUCUUAAUUUCUGUGCCAAGUAAACAUGUCGCUUGUGGCUGUGCAGCGCUCUGCAGCUCCCACCUUUGUGUCAAGAGGAAGGCAGACGCUCUGACGUCAGCCGUCAUGCCGACUGACUCACAGCUUCUUCGGGGUGUUUUUGAUCCCUGAGAUGUUGGUUUGUUUUCACCGAGUGGAGCCGGUCGAUCCUGGACUGAGUCAGAUCCUCGUUUGCUUUCCUCGUUGUGUUCGUGGGGACUGAACCACAGAUAUGUUUACAUCUUAUUAGUGCUUCCUUGCUUUGACCCCGCCUUAAUGUGACACCCCGCCCUUCCCCAGCUGAGAGGACAUAUGUAGUAAACUAUACAGAUUAUAGCACCUGUUAUACCUUAAUUAACUGUAUCUCCAUCUCAUCCACCAACUGUAGCUGCAAACGCCGUCAUCUGUGAGAAGCUACGUCAUCGUCACCACACAGAGGACAAACGCAGGAUUUAUGUUGCUGUAGCCAUGUUGGACGGGACUCGAUCAUUCUGCAGGUCAUUUGUUUUUUUCACUCCACACCAGGCUUCUCUAUGCAAUGACCAGUAUAUGCAAUAUGAUUUUAACUUCCUUUCAGCAGCUCCAUCUCAAACACGUCACGACUCAGUCAGUUGUUUUCUGGCUCAUUCAUCCCACUGCUCACUGUUAAACGCUCUCUGAAGCUUGUUGGUACACACAGAGUGAGUGCAGACCAUGAAGAGUUAAAUACAUACAUACAUACAUAACCUGUGUGCAGAUGGGAUCAUGUUGAGACAAAGCUCUGAGCCGUCAGUGCAGAAAUUUACCAGGAGAAAAGUUUUACUUCUGCAGAAAUGUUUAAUAUUGUUCCUCGUUCACAUCGUCACAUCUGCAUCGUUUAUUCCAGAAAAUCCCAAAGUGCUUUUUUAUUUUACAGAUGUACAGAGAGGGUUUAACGUGAACACUUGAAGGAGACUUUUUCCAGUUUUGUAGCAAAACCAGCUCAAAGUGAGUUAAACAUUUGUUUUACCUUCACUGCAGUUGGAUUGAUUUCAUUUAAACAGUGUUCAGCUGCUCCUCCACACAGACGACCGUGACGUCGAUCUUCUCCUCCAACUUUCUGAAAAAAUGUGAAUAAUGAUAUUUUCCAAACUGUUGAACCACACAGUGUUUAAAGAGCCACGUUACUGCAGCUGCAAAGAAACCACAGUCACAGAGUUUCAAUAAAACCUGAAGCUAGAAAUAUUUCAGACUUCUGACAAACACAGACUGUCUCUGUGUGGACCUGCUGUGUUUCCUGAAUGAGGACGUAAAGUGAUUUAAACAUAUUUAACGUCACAGUAAAUGUUAAGUGGAGUAUGGAGCACGGCAUGCUGGGAAACGUGGUUCAGAACCAGGAAAAUGAAAAUGUCUCCUGGUCCAAAUGUUUUGCUCCGACUUGGUUUUAAAUCAAAACCAAAGAUAAGUUUAAUUUCAGUUCAAGAUGUGUUGCAGGAUGUGAUGUCAUACAUGGUUUGUCUUAUAAACACCAGAUGCAGUAUUUAAAGUUUGACACAUUAACUUCAGAUAUAAAUCAGAAAUUGUAUCCAGUCAUCCCAUCGUCACAGUUUGUACUGGUUAAACAUGUUUCACCAGUUAAACUGACACACUGAGACUUUUUGGAUCAGAUUUGUUUCAACAGCAGUGUGUCGACGUGUGUGCAGACUGUAGGAGAUGUUUUAUUACAUGAUGAGUGUGUGGGACUGAUGCGAAGGGCUAAGCCACGCACACACAUCCUUCUGUUCACAUUCCAACAUGUUGUAAAGAUAAAGUGGACGUGCCAUAAAAUUCACCACAGUAACUAUGCAUUUAAUUCACUGAUUCAUUCCCAGAUACAGCGACGUAAUACGUUUCAAGACCGUGAUCACAAAGGAUGCUCUGUCUUUUUAAUAUUCAGUUAUUUCAAUUCAAUUCAACUUUAUUUACCGCAAAAGAAAUUGUGGUGCCAGAGAAAACUUACAAUAAGUUAACAUUAACAAACCAGUAAGAACCAGAACAACCAGUGGGUUCCUCCAUUCAGGGUCACACACUGGCCCCAGUUUUUAAAACAAUACAGUAUUAAAUAUCAGAAUAUUCCAAAGAUAUACAUAUAAAACUAACUAAACUUACCCUAAAGUAAAUCCAGAUGAGAUUCUUACGCAGCUUCAUGGCGUCCAAAUAAAAACCAGUAAAAUUACUUUGAAAGAAUUUUAAUGUUUUGAGAAUGAGCUCAUUUUCAGUUUUUGAAAUAAAUACAUAUGUUUUAGCAUCUUUUUAAAAGUUUCUAAAAGUUUCCAAAUAAAUUUGUUGUUUGAAAAAAAAAAGUUGCCAGGGUCAUCUGAAAAGUUGCUAAAUCUGGCAAUGAAAUUGUUAAAUUGGCAUGACUGUUCAUACUCAACUUCAAGACGUCAACUCUGUCAUUUAGAUAAGUAGAGAAAAUGUAGGGAAACAUCAGAGUGUCGCUAGCCAGCACGCUCUUUAGAUUGCUUUAUAGAAAAUGUGCGGGCGACUUUAACAUAGCCUUUCUUUGUUGGACCAUAUGAUCUUUGUUUCCUGAAGCUGAAACAAAAAGUCUUUAGUUUUUCCAGAAAUACUAAAAUGAUCUCGUUGCAACCAGUGUUCAUUUUGUUGAUGAAAACUAUGAUGACAAUUGUUCGUCAGUGACCUGUUUUCAGUGACAAACACGAGACAAUGCGUUUGGAAUUUCUGUCGACUACAAUUAGGCUAAAACUCUGAAGGAUUAAAAUGACUAAAAUGUGACUCAAGACUUUUAAUCUCAAGACUCAGACUAAAUCUAAAACAGCUGUCAGAAUGAACUCUGGCUGCUACGUCAACUCUCUCCCUCACGUGCUGUUUAGCUUCGUCCUAAUUUUAGUCUUACUUUGUUGAAGGUAAUUUUAUUCACUCUGUGCAGCGUCACAAGACGUGUUCUGAUUUCUUGGUUCACAAACCUACAGAGCCCACAGAAUAACAAAAGGUACAUUAACAUUAAAAAAAUGUUCCUUGAGAAGGCUGACUAACUGCGUAACGAGGAGUGAUGUCACAGCGGAUUUACUCUGGUCAUGUUUGUGAGGAAAUUAAGUUGCAUUUACCGUACAUUAAGCAGGUUUACUGACGCUAACAUACUGCUUAAGUUCAUUCCAAAGUGACAUCACCAUAGUUUGGUGGUGCGUAUUUUGAGGUCUGUUCUCAGAGCUUCAGUUUUUCAUCCUUUCUGUGUGAUUUCACAAACCUCAGUGUUAAUAAAGAUUGUGUUCACAUUGCAACAACAAGUCAAUCUAAAUCUAAACAACAGGAAAGGUCAUUUUCCCGCAACUCCUAAAUAAAGUAUCUGACGAGCUCAGAGUAGCAGUGACAGGCAGACGGAUAUAACGCUGUGAAAGGGUCGCAGUUACAAAUCAAAACUAUGCGGUUAGGUUCAGAGACAAGAUCACAGUUUGAGUCAGAAUAAGCGCGUUUGUCAUGUUGAGUUUUGGAUUCACAUGGGACACAAACAGCAGUCUGUUCAAGUCCUGUGUCUGUUUGACAUGUCCGUCCACCACAACCUUUUCCUUACACUGACUUUGUAGCUGUGUCACCUGACUUCCUUCCUGCCCCCGUCAUUACGGCCACUAGAGGUUGUCACCUAACAGUAAACAUAAAGUGCUUCCACAAACCACUCGUGGUCGUUUUUCUGGGUGGUAAGAGCGAUGAAUUACAGAUACAAACCCGCCCAUGUUGAGUCCCUUCAGGACUGCAGAGUGACUUUUGGCUCUGUGUCUGUAGCUUCCUCUGUGAUCACGGCUUGAAAAACAUCAGCAGGUUCAGUCUUUAUUUUCCUCCCGUGCCAUAUAAGACACUGCAUCUGGAGUACGUCCAAAUCUCUUGGAUCCAACAGCAGUCGUCCAUGUUCAUACAUACAUAUCUCUUCGUGCCAUAUGGAGGUUGAAUAUGCAACUGAAAAACAAGGACCUAAAGCAUAUCACGCAUUCAUUCAACGACCAUUUUACAUGACUGGUACCUUUCCUCAGACGUGGCUGUCGUGUGUCUCAUCGUCAUUUUAAAGCUUCGUCAUCGGCCUCACGUCAUUGUAUUAACCAUUGUUCUACUGUGUGGGACGGGGGAGGGGAGGGGGGAGGGGUUCGUAACAUGAGAUAGAUUCUGGGUUUAUAUUGCAUUACGAUGCGAUGUGAUGCGUACGUACGGACUGAACUAAGACAGAUGUGUUUCUAAAUGAGAUGGAUUUUAAAGUAGCAUGGUUUGAUUUGUCUGAUUAAUGAUUCUGUUGGUUUUUGGGGGGUUUGUUUGAUUCUCUUGUAUUUUAUUGUAUGUAUUGUACAAUCUGAUGAGGGAGAGGGAAAACACAGUGACUCCUGAACUGCUGUGAACUAAAGGAAACAUUAUUAUAAUUAUGAUUAUCCUGAUUAUGGUAUUUAUUUAUUUAUUUUCUUUGCACAAGUUGGAAUGGCCUUAAUUUUGCUUUACUUGCUUCUAUUGUGUAUUGGCACAAAGUGCACCUGUUUGAUUUGCAGAAAUUACGAUGCUCAUUACGAUGCUUAUAAUCUGAGAGUGCACAUCAAAGCAGGAUGAAAAAAAAAAGUUCAGCAAAUCCUUUUUAUUUUUCAUUAAUCUGAGAAACAAUAUUUUGCAUGAGUAUAAAUAAAAUGGCAGAUAUUUUGGCUUGUACAAAAAAAUGUGAAGCAAUUUGAAGAGAAAAAAAGAAUGUACCGUUUCUGCUGUAUCUGUAUAUAUCUAAAUAUUUAUUGAAAUAUGUCAUACUACUAAUUCUAUUAACGAUUAAAGGUUUUCUGGACAAAAAUCUCUUUACCUGUUUUUGAACAUUGUCAAG